AGCAGGGGCAACGUAGCUUUUGGGCUUUAACUCUCCAAUAUCUAACAAAAGCUGAAAUAUCAGAUUGGGAUUGGACUGAACCUUUAAGCAAUGCCACCCAUAAUAUAAUACCAAUUUCACACACAGGAACCUCUGUGUUUUAUCCAAUGAUCCAGUAUGCCAUGUUUUCCUGAGAGUGUCCCCAUGACCCUGGUCACCGGCUUCAUGUGUUUUCUGCUGUUUCUCAACAUUGGGCCAUGCCUAACAGGAGAUAAACAGAGAGAAAAAAGGAUCGCUAUCUUGGGAACCACAGAGAUCCCAGCUGCCUCCGUUGACCUCUCUCAGUUCAACUUUACUGAUCUGGUAAAUGGAAUGCUGAACCGGGCCCUUAGGGGUGCCAACAAUUUCUUCUCCUUUCUAAGUGUGACUUCAUACAGUUCCUUUGCGUUCCACAAGGUUUCAAUCCUUAUUUAUAAUAUUUCUAACCUAAAACAUGUAGAUUACCACAAGUUUCCCAUGAGAUAUUGCUACUGCUUAAACAACAGGACCAAUGACUUGGCAGAUUACACGGUUUUGCUAUUGGACAUAGUUGGAAAUUCAUCUAGUUCUCUUAAAGAACUUUUCAAAUCCACGUCCAUUGUGUCCGUAAGCCAGAGCAAUGAAUCAGAUUGCAUAUAUUUCUGUGUUAUGACAGGCAGAACAGGACGAAAUUUAUCCGACUUUUGGGAUUUGACAGAAAAGAUGCCCGUCGUAAAUGUUACCUUCCCCCGAUCUAAUUCUACCAUUACGGAUCUAGAGACAGUUCUACCAAACCUGAUCACAUCUGCUGAAAAUGCAGAACUUAUUAUGAACGCUCCCACACAACUCUGGACAUUACGAACUACUUCAAGUGCUCCUUUAGAAGCUACUGGUGACCAAGUUAUCACAAUAAACCUCGCAGGAAAUGAUGAACCCAUCCAGAAAGUGUUUCCUACAACACUCCCAAUGAAUAUUCCUGGGAUUUCAAAGACAGGACAAAAUACAUCUUUUUCUGACAAUCAACAAUAUAAUUUGGAAAGUCAAAAUCAGAUUCCUACCAAGCUUCCACAAUUGCUACAUGGAUUUGCUUUAAAAGAACACAAAAUUGCUCCUACUAAACUGCCUUUGUUGUUGGGAACCGUUGAACAAAAAGGCCACCCGCCUUCUGACAAAAUAUCCUUACUACCACAAAAUGUUUUAAGAGAACACAGUAUAUCAUUUCUGACCCAUAAAACUCAAGAAGUGUCAUCACAUAAAUUACCAGGCUGGACAACAAUGGCUGCUCUUGAGAUGUUGCAAAGACCACAUACUGUAAUGCCCUUUUGGACAGAAAAAACUCAACAAAAAAUUGCUGUCUCUGUCACUGAAAGAAAUAUAACUUCCAAUGAAGAUGUCUCUGCAAAGGAAAAAGGUCCUUCACCGUGGAGCUCAACUCUGAAUAGAUCUCCUGAAACUCUGGCUACAGUGCAUACCCCAUUGAAAACAACCCCACCUAAACGUGAAAUGCCUGUCAUUGUAACUCCCCUAAGAGUGGACAGUGAGCUGUUUGAGAAACAAAAUGAAGCUACGACAAAAAGGCUUUUGUGGUCACAGUUAACAAAUGGGAAGAAGAAACAUGUUCCUUCAGUGCCUAUAACCUUUGUGGAUCCUCCUCAACUACCUCAACUGAAACCAUCAACAGAAGGACAUAAAAUGUCAGUGCAUGCAUACACACAGUCAAGAUGUCGGCAGACAAAGCUAGCCGUGACCACGCCUUCCUCCGCACCCGUCUUUCCAAAAGUAAACUCUUGCGUCAUGGAGCUCUGUCGAUUUUUCCAGCAAUGUCUUUGUGUUAGUCAAGAGAAAUAUUCAAGACACAAGAAGAGGAGGCAAUGCGUUCAGUACUAUUCCUGGUACCUGAAAAAUGCUACAUACAUCUGUGAAAGAGUUCAAAGGAAUUCACAAAGGCGAACUUUAAAGCAAAAAUGUAUCGCACACAUCUGCAAAUCCAUCUAAAUUCCUGUGGGAAAAUGUCGGGAUAUCACAUUACUUGAAAAAAUUUAAGUUAUUUAAUUAUAACACCCUGAAGCCAAGCAUUGAAUAUUUCUUUUUUAAAUAAUUACUGAACUACUGAUAAGAACUGCUUAUGAUAAACUUAACAGUUUGAAAUUACUGUUAAUAUAAAUUACCGUUGUAAACAAUUUUAUGGUUAAAAUUUUAGAUUGAAUUAGAGUUUAGUAAUAAUAUUUUUAAACAUAUCCUAAUUGUCAUUUUUAA